UAGUUGCUGUCACUGUCAAACGUGAUUUAACAAGUUUGUGAAACAUUGUUUUCAUAUUUACAACUCACUUUUAUACUACUUUAUUAAUACAAACUAACAUAAAAUCGAAACUAAACAAUAAGUACUUUUUCCUUUUAUAUUUCUGUGACACUCAAGUGAAGCAGUCAUGUCCGAGGAGGAAGAAAAUGUGCAUCGUUUGGCGGGAACAUCGGGCGAUGCGCCUGGAGGUUUGAUCGUUAAAAAAAAGGAUAAUCCUUCGGAAUUUCAAUUCGCAAAGCCUUCUUUAUUAGGCCUAGAUAAACUAGCCGCUGCUAAACGUAAGCAGAAUAGGUUAAUCUCGUUCCAAACUGAAGAAAACGAAGGUGAUGAUAGUGUUGACAAAAAUGAAUCUUCGGGUGCAAAAGAACGUAAAUACAGAAGGCACAAUGAAGAAACCCCUACUUAUACAGGUGGGAUAUCUGAACAAGCCCGAGAGAGGAUGCUAGAAAGGCUACAAAAAAAAGAAAAGGAAGCCAAAGAGAAAGGUGUCCAUUAUUCAACACAAGAAGAGAAGAAAUCACGGUCUAAAGAUGAUGAUGAUUACUACAGAUAUGAUAGACGUGACAGGGAAAGGGACAGGAGGCGUGAUGACCACAGGAGUGACAAGGACAGAGAUAGAAGGAGGGAUAGGGAGUCUUCAUCAUCCUCUAGGAGGGACAGGGACAGAGAUAGAGAUAGGCGGGACAGAGAUAGCGACAGAAGAGACAGUUCAAGGAGGAGUUAUUAUGAGCCUAGGUUUAAAGAUGAACCUCGGACUCCGAGUAUGAAAGUCCUAAAACCAACUGACAAGACAGCCUGGGACGAUGAUGACGAUGAUCCUAAGUCAACAGUCCGGAAGUCGAGUUGGGACUUCCCUACUCCACUGCCACGGGACUCCGACCAACGCAGUGACAGAGGCAGGCCACUAAGGGAUAACAAAGGGAGAUUAUAUGAUAAUACUCCUAGGGCUACACCACACAAGUUUGCAAGUUCCCGACGCGGUGUGGAUGUGGAUGAUCCAGAUUGGGAAGAGGCUGAAAAGAAAUUGGACAGAGCUUGGUACAACAUGGGUGAAGGUGAAGCGGACGAAUCAGACCCAUUCGCCGGAGCUAGUGCUGAGUACGUGUCCCGCAAAGAGGAGCAGGUGGAGAAGCGGCUGCGGCGCAAGGUGUCUGCGCAGAGACAGCAGAUCGACCGCGACAACGACCUGUGGGAGCGGAACCGGAUGCUCACCAGCGGCGUCGUGCACGCCGUCACCGUCAACAACGAUCUAGACGAGGAAAGCGUGGAUCGCGUACAUCUCCUGGUGCACAACAUCGUGCCGCCGUUCCUCGACGGUCGUAUCGUCUUCACCAAGCAACCAGAACCAGUAAUACCGGUAAAAGACCCAACGUCAGACAUGGCUAUAAACGCUCGUAAAGGCUCCGCGCUUGUGAAAGCGUUUAGAGAACAAAAAGAAAGGAGGAAAGCUCAAAAGAAACAUUGGAAGCUGGAAGGAACUAAACUUGGUAAUAUUAUGGGUAUACAAAAGGAAAAAGAAGAAUUAGAAGACGGACCCACUAAAGAAGCUUACAAGUAUGCUGAGCAUUUGGACAAAGAAGCCCAAGAGCCGGAAUCUAAGUCAGAUUUCGUGAAGAAGAUGUCUAUAUCGGAACAGAGGCGGUACCUGCCCGUGUUCGCCGUCAGGGAAGAGUUGAUGCAGGUCAUCAGGGAGAACAACGUUAUUAUAAUAGUCGGCGAGACCGGCAGCGGCAAGACGACGCAGCUGACGCAGUACCUGCACGAGGAGGGCUACAGCCGGCUCGGCAUGAUCGGCUGCACGCAGCCGAGGCGCGUCGCCGCCAUGUCCGUCGCCAAACGAGUGUCGGACGAGAUGAACACUAAGCUGGGCGACGAGGUUGGCUACGCGAUCCGUUUCGAGGACUGCACGUCGCCCAACACCGUGAUCAAGUACAUGACGGACGGCAUCCUGCUGCGCGAGGGUCUACGGGAGCCGGACCUCGACCACUACUGCGCCGUCAUCAUGGACGAGGCGCACGAGCGCUCGCUCUCCACCGACAUGCUGUUCGGACUGCUGAGGGAGGUGGUGGCUCGUCGCUCCGACCUGAAGCUGAUCGUGACCUCAGCCACCAUGGACUCGAGCAAGUUCUCCACAUUCUUCGGGAACGUGCCUACUUUCACCAUUCCCGGACGGACCUUCCCCGUGGAGACGUUCUUCGCUAAGAACGUUUGCGAGGAUUACGUAGAUGGCGCUGUUAAACAGGCGCUUCAAAUCCACCUGCAACCUGAUGAAGGCGACAUCCUCAUAUUCAUGCCAGGCCAAGAGGACAUCGAAGUGACGUGCGAGGUGCUAACGGAAAGACUGACAGACCUGGACAGCGCGCCUCCCUGACGGUGCUGCCCAUCUACUCCCAGCUUCCAGCCGACCUGCAAGCCAAGAUAUUCCAGAGAGCGCCGCCGGGACAGAGGAAGUGCAUCGUCGCUACCAACAUUGCAGAAACUUCGUUGACUGUGGAUGGCAUAAUGUACGUCAUAGACUGCGGUUACUGCAAGCUGAAGGUUUACAAUCCCAGGAUCGGUAUGGAUGCGCUACAGAUCUACCCGGUGAGCCAGGC